CUGAAGUCACAACAGAGAAAGGAAGAAUCAUACAAAGCAGAUAGAAUUUAUUCUUCUGGGACUGACAGAUAAUUCUCAGUUACAGAUUGUAAUUUUCUUAUUUCUACUUCUAAAUUACAUGUUAAGCAUGAUAGGGAACUUCACUAUCAUUGCCCUCACUCUUCUGGAUUCCCAGCUCAAGACUCCCAAUGUAUUUCUUCCUCCGUAAUUUCUCUUUUCUAGAAAUUUCAUUCACAACUGCUUGCAUUCCCAGAUUCCUAAUCACCAUUAUAACCAGAGAAAAUACCAUUUCCUAUAAUGGUUGUAUAUCUCAGUUGUUUUUUUACAUAUUCUUGGGGGUUACAGAAUUUUUCCUUCUGGCUGCUAUGUCCUAUGACCGCUAUGUUGCCAUCUGCAAACCUUUGCAUUAUAUAUCCAUCAUGAGUAACAAAGUUUGCCACCAGCUUGUACUCAGUUCUUGGGUAACUGGAUUCCUGAUCAUUUUCUCUCCACUGAUAUUAGGUCUUAACUUGGAUUUCUGUGCUUCAAAUAUCAUUGAUCAUUUCAUUUGUGACAUUUCUCCUAUCCUACAAAUUUCUUGCUCAGACACACAUUUACUGGAAUUGAUUGCCUUUUUGUUAGCUGUGAUGACACUCAUUGUCACAUUAUUUUUAGUAAUCCUUUCUUACUCUUGCAUCAUCAAGACAAUUCUGAAAUUCCCUUCAGCUCAGCAAAAGAAGAAAGCCUUUGCCACCUGCUCUUCUCACAUGAUUAUUGUCUCCAUUACUUAUGGUAGUUGUAUUUUUAUCUACAUAAAACCAUCAGCAAAUGAAAGAGUUGCCUUAAGCAAAGGAGUAACUGUGCUCAAUACUUCGGUUGCCCCUUUGCUAAACCCAUUUAUUUAUACUCUAAGGAAUCAGCAAGUUAAACAAGCCUUCAAAGCUGUAUUUAGAAAGAUAUUUUCUGCUUCAGACAACUAAUACAACUUGUUGAAAUUAUUAACAUGAAAACAUAAAAGGAUCUUUGGACAAAACACUGAUUUGACUCUCCUAGUUUAAGAAUUGAUAUCCAAUAUUCAAUUAUUUGUGUUACUUUAUCUUGCUCAACAUUCAAAAUGUUUUU